AUGCUUCCACCAGUUGUCUCCUGCAGCUUUCAUCUUAACAAAAUGGCUUCACAUUCAAUCAUUUGGUUGCUUCUUUAAGUUUCUCAUAUCAUCUCUCCCUUUAGUGCAAAUGCACAAGGACCUGCGGCUUCACCUCCAACCAUUGUUCCGCUGGUUUCAGCUACUCCGCCACUAGCAUCUCCAGCAACACCUCCACCAACAUCUCCAGCAACACCUCCACCAGCAGUUACUCCUACUUCAUCACCGACUCCAAAAGGUUGUACCAGUAAGAAGCCAGCAACUUGGCAUCCACAACAACCACAAACCCGCCUCUCAGCUCCAUUCGUCUCACCACCACCUGUACGGCCCUCUUCCCCACCCGCACCAGCUUCCCCUGCACAAGCACCUACACCAAUAACUCUACCACCAGCUCUAACGCCGGCUCCUGCCAAGCACAAACACAAGAGGCAUCACCAAUUCACCAUGCCCCCAGCUCCAGCACCAAUUCCCCACCCGAGCCCUCUAUUUCCUCCAGUUCUAACAGAUCCUCAAGACACGGCACCAGCAAGCAACUCACCAUUUCAGAAUGCGUUAACAGUCACUGAACUAGAAUCUCUCGAAAGAAAUACAGGCUCACCAAAAUGA